GUGUACUCGGGCGAGGCGAAAUUCAAGCGGCGGCGAUGCGUUUUGUGCCUGUCGAGAUGGGACUAGUGCACUGCGACGAGCGUAGACUGCGGUAAUACCGGUGGAAAACGUCGAGGAUACCCACGAACGACUCUUUGUCAUGGAGAUGCAGGCUUCUAAUGGAAUGGAUAUGUGUAUGAAUACAGUGUAUACUUCCAUCCCUGGAUAUCCUGAACAACUAGGGAUGGUAUGGAUGGGGGAUAUGAUGAUGGGGGAGCCCGCUCACGAGCUCAUGCUGGAUCCCCGUCAAGCUGAGAGCCCGUUCUUCUCGCACGGCUCUCAUUCCUACGAAGAUCUCAGAAAUCACCACAUCGCUCCUACCACUAUGGUGCGCUACAUACCGCAACAAUUCUCAAACGAGUGCUCGGAACCCGACGAGGCGAUGGAGGCUAUAGACGCCCACGAGAUACAGCGAGAUUACGACUCGCAAUCCGAGAGGCCGGAGAUGAGCGAAUAUUUGACAUUGGAGGAUUACAUGGGCGACGAGGAGCGAGAACAAAUUAUGAGCAACGCGGCGACUCAGACCCAUGAUAAUCGCAAUCGAAAGAUAAAGCCCAUCAAGCAUCCAGGACUCGUCUUGAAAACGCCAAUUGCUUAUCAGCCUCAUACUGAUUUAAAUUUUAUUCCUAUUCGCAAAGAUGGCAUAGCUGUUUGUGAAAAAUGUGGUGCUAUUGGAGUGAAACAUGCCUUUUACACAAAGGAGCGUAGAUAUUGCAGUAGGGCGUGUGCGCGUUCUUCGGAACACACAACACCUACAGCAGAUUCCACGUACAGUCCAUCUCACUCGAUUGAUCAGCCAGUAUCUGUGAACCAAAUGCCCUCUGUUGAUGCAAAACCGGCGGAUGUAAAUGUCUUAAAGGAAGAAAUGGAUGUCAAGGAGUCUAUCGAGUUGGAAAAGGACAAAGUUAAGUUAGAGCCAGUAAUGCCAGAGGAUUUACCGGUCAGAAGAAAGAGAACAGCGGAGAUGGCGGGUUCUUACGACUGGACGCCGCAGCUUGUUGAAACUGGAUUUUGCGCCGCGCCAGUUUCUUGUUUCAAACACGCUCCUAUCUCUGAUAUUUGGGACAAUAUCACAGUGGGUAUGAAAGUGGAGGUGGAAAAUACCGAUUGUGAUGAAGUGUGCGAGGCUUUCCCAGAUUCGUUUUGGGUCGCGACUGUAUUACGUAUAUACGGAUACAGAGCUCUGUUGAGGUACGAGGGUUUCGGACACAAUGCAGACAAGGAUUUUUGGGUAUCGCUUUGUUCCAAUGACAUACACCCCGUUGGUUGGUGCGCUACGAUCGGAAAACCUCUCAUUCCACCUAACACGAUCGCAAACAAGUACAAAGAUUGGAAGGAUUUUUUAAUGAGGCGGUUAACCGGAGCAAGGACACUUCCAACGAGUUUCUAUAAUAAGGUGAACGACAGCAUGAAAUCUCGUUUCCGAUGUGGUCUUCAUUUAGAAGUGGUAGAUAAAAACAGAAUCUCACAAGUGAAAGUGGCGACGAUACAAAAGAUAGUUGGCAAACGUUUGCACGUGAGAUAUUAUGAUUCGCCACCGGAGGACAACGGGUUUUGGUGCCACGAGGACUCGCCCCUCAUACAUUCUGUUGGUUGGGCCAAGAGAGUGGGUCACAGGCUGGACGCGUAUCCCGAGUACUUGAAUCGUAUUUCUAAAUCGAAAUUGUCCGACGACGACGCAACGGAGAAUCUGUUUUAUGUGCCAAAGAAUCAUCACGUGCACCUCACAUACGCGUUUAAGGAAGGAAUGAAAAUAGAAGCUAUCGAUCCGCUCAAUCUUUCGGCUAUAUGCGCGGCGACGGUCAUGCAGGUUUUGGAAAAGGAUUACAUUAUGAUUCGCAUCGACAGUUAUGACGAAGAGGCGAGCGGCGCCGAUUGGUUUUGCUAUCACUCGUGUUCGCCUUGCAUCUUUCCAGUUGGCUUUUGUUCCCAGCACGGUCUACCUUUAACGCCGCCAAAAAGUUAUGAUCCUACCACGUUUACAUGGGAUGCAUAUCUAACAGAGACAAAUACUGUACCUGCCCCUGUGCAGUUGUUUAAUCGGGAAAUUCCUCAACACGGAUUUAUCGAAGGAAUGAGACUCGAGGCUGCUGAUUUAAUGGACCCUAGAUUAGUUUGUGUCGCUACUAUUACCAGGGUGAUUGGCAGAUUACUACGAGUGCAUUUCGACGGUUGGGAGGACGAAUAUGAUCAAUGGUUAGACUGUCAAAGUCCAGAUAUUUAUCCUGUUGGAUGGUGUGAUCUUGUCGACCACAAAUUGGAAGGGCCGCGUGUACCCGUAAAAAACACUAGUCCUACUGUAAAAUCACCAAGAGGCCUUAAACGUAAAGCUAAGAGAAAAAUGAAGAAGGGUAGCAAGAUGUCUUGCUCCAAGAAUGUACUACCUCGUCAGAGCGAACGUAUUAGUAUGGCUCGCGAACGCGGGCGAGAAUUGGAACCUGCUCAAGGAACGAAAAUUGAAAGAGAGCGCGAUCUAGAAAGUUUGCCGGAAGCAAUUACGAUUGAAAAUAACUCUGAACUAUUACAGGAAUAAAAAACAAAUCUAUUAUCUAAAUAUAGUAUAUCAACUAUAUGCUUAUUUUUGCCCAGUUACUUUUUAUUAACUCUAAACAAUUUUGAGGCUAUAAACAUUUCAGUAAUGAAAAUAAUUUUCUACGUUCUGCACUUAACAAGUUUUUACGUAAUGUAAAUAAAGCUGACCUGGAAAGUUUGAUUAAUUUAAUUACAUUUGAAUUAUAAAAUUUUCAGUUCAGAUUAAUGCAUUUUGAUUAUUUAAAACCUGAUUUUAGUUAUUUUCAUAAUAGGAAAUGAUGACUCUAUGACGAUGAAGUGAUCGGUUUAUAAUUGACAGAUUUUCUAAGUUCAAGUUUUUCAUUCUGUAUGAAUAUAUGAACAUAUUUCGUUCUAUAUAAUUUAUUUAUAUGAAAUUGCUUAAUUAUAAAUUAUCCGUUGUAUGGAGAAAUGUUUGAAGCAAAAGUUAUGGUAGAUAUUGUUUAACAAUUAGAGAUUAAUCCCAGAUUUUAUGUAUAAACUGCCCUCUAGAAUAGAUUGCGCUUUUUAAAAUAGAUCAUCUAAUUCUUUAUAGUGCCCAUAGUAUUGUAGAAAAAGAUUGAAAUUAACAUUUUUUCACAGUGAUGUCAUACAUUUUAUAUACAUACAUAAAUAUAUAUACACACAUAUAUAUUUAUACCUGAUACACAUGUAAGAAAAGCUCGAUGUACGUAUAUUGCACUUACAUAUUCAUAAAUACGUGACGUAUUUUCUGUAACAUGCCUUUGUACCGAAGUUUUUCUUCCAGCCAUAGCAUUAUUUGUAAAUCCAUGCUGCACUACAUUCAAGAUACGGAUGCAUCAACCACUUACAAACCGUUACAUGAAAAUGAGUUUACUCGGAUAAUAAAUGAAAACGACAAUUCAAGCGCUAUGCAUUUUAUGCCUCGACAGAACAAAUCAAUACAGAUAUAUUAAAGAGAGAAAACAACCGCAAAGUACAAAGAACAUCUUCUCUUUUAUCAAUAGCGAUCAAUGUCAAACUCGUUAAGAGAUGUGACGUAAAUUUUUUUUUUACAGAGAACUGAGCUUCUGUCUAUUUUAAUAAAUCUAUCAAUCCACUCUGCACGUACCGCAAUAAAUAUAUAUGAAUGCAAUUGUACAUAACCGAACGAAAUUGAGAUAUAUAAGUCUUGUAUAUAUUACAUGUAUAGCGUGAUGUAUUAGUUUCAGCCGUCUCCGGUGCGUAACAGGACGCUACGCACCAUGUGAAGAUUACGCACGGCUUGCGUAUAAAUUUAGGUGGUUGAUGCAUACGUAACGGCAUACAUUGUAUCCAUAUAUCGCUUAGUCACCUCUAAGGCGAAUCAAAGCAGUCAGAUGAAGUCAAAGGACACACCGCUCUCCUCGGCUCUUAAACGCUGUUACACGGUGAUGCGGUUGCUCGCCAGUUAUUUAUUCGACAAUUUGGAAUCUUGGAAACUGGACUUUCGUUCCUUUUGUCUGACGUCUUUCGAGAGGAUUGUCUCAGAAGAAUGUCUCGCGUACGAAUGGCCAAUCGACACACUACCCGUUCGCGUGCACGACUCAUGUGAAAUUUGUAUACUCUGUAGGGACCGUUUUCCUCGCGCAUCGGACCCGUUUGGGACUCUGGUCCUUGUCCUCACGACGAAAAUUCACCGCUAGCUUCUGCGAGCCUCAGAAUCAAACAGCGUGCAACAUUUAUAUGUCGCGGGACACGUCGCGAUGCAUCCACUGAAUUUAUUAAACUUACGCCAUCGAAGGAUUAUAUAUAUAAGGGCAUUAAAGGGAUUAAGGUUGAAGCCUUAAUUUAAUUCGAAUUUAUUGCUCUUUUUGUAUCGACGAGACCACGUAGAAAGUCUAUUGCUCGCGCGUUGAAAUUUGUCCUCUUGCGUAAAGCGUAGCUAGUUAAGGGUUUGGUUUUAAGGAAGAGAGUUACUCGAAACCGCUUUUUCCGUUCGAGAUUAUCGUGCAAAGCACGUAGAAAUUUAUGCUUUAGUCGAGUAAGUAAGAAUCGCGCAACCAUAAGUACAAAAGAGCAAUACCGACUACGUUUUUUAAAAGCUCGUACCGCGUGUGCUUAAAUUGUAACUGGCCCGAGACCCGCCGCGACGGCGCGGUCUCGGCGCUUCGACAUCGGAAUUUUGCGUUGCGUCUCUCUCUCUCGAGAGAGAGGAAAUUCCGAACGUUCGCCAUUAAUUUUUAGACAAUCGGAAAUUCGGAAGGGCGUAAUUAGGGGCGUUAUUGCGGGAAACGGGAAGCAAGAUCUCUCACAGAAUUUAUCUUUAUCAUUAUCGACGCUUAGAAAGGGAGAGAAAGAGAGAACGGUGAUGCGCUGUAAAGAUAUUUAGUAGUUACUAUACAUCUCUUACCCCUCUAUGCCGUAUAUUGUGACGUUGCAUAUCAGUUUCACCACUUGUCAUCACCCAUCGCCUUUCUUAUCGUGGCAUUAGACUUACGGAGAGGAUGUAAACAUUCCACGUUUUCACGAGUGAACAAGAUUGUAGGCUAUAGAGGGCUAAGAAAAUAAAAUGGAUAUUUGCCAGGAAAGAUUACGAUUACGGGACUAUUAUUAUUAUUAUUAUUACGUUUUCUACUAGGUUCAGUGUCGUAGGUUUCUCUUGAAUCAUAAAUUUGAUAUUCAUAUAAUUCGAUGCGUCGCAGUUUUUAUAAUAAAAACAAAAUCAUUUGA